AUGAAGACUUACUUUGGAGUGAUCUCAGGCCAAAUGCAAGAGACCAGUAAGGAGAAGAUUUGUAGCACAGAGUCCGUGAACAGGCAAGGUAGUCUCGAUUCCAGCAAGGAGGAUGACAAUGCCACUCUCGUAUUGAUCUUCACCCUCUGUAAUGUAAAGAAGACUGAGCUCUCUAAAGCAGCUAGAGUUUUUGAGAUGUUUGAAACUGAGGUCCAUCACUUUGAAACCAGGAGAAUCAAAAAGCUCAAGAACUCUGCCGAUGAUUUUGAUGUCUUUGUUGAAUGUGAAGCUCAUAGUGCUGAUAUUAGUCACCUUAUCACCUCCUUAAAGAGAAUAACAGAGGAUGUGAAAAUUGGCAAAGAAGAGAAAGUGCUCUGGUUCCCCAGAAAAAUUCAAGAUCUAGACAAAUGUCACCAUCUGAUCACCACGUACGAACCCAGUUUUGACCAUGGUCACCCUGGAUACAGUGACCUGGAGUACAGGAAAAGGAGGGCAUACUUUGCUGACCUUGCCUAUAAUUACAGAGUUGGGGACCCUUUGCCUAACAUCGAGUACACAGCACAGGAGACUGCAACUUGGAGAGAAGUCUACAGGAAGCUGAGAAGCCUCUACCCUACUCAUGCCUGUACACAAUAUUUGGAUGCUUUCCAGCAGCUGGAGAAAUACUGUGGCUACCAAGAGGACAACAUACCUCAACUUCAGGAUGUGUCCAGAUUUCUAAAAGAAACAACAGGUUUCCAGCUGAGACCAGCAGCAGGACUAUUGUCUGCUCGUGACUUCCUUGCCAGCCUGGCAUUUCGUGUCUUCCAGUGCACACAGUAUAUAAGGCAUUUCUCUUCACCUACACAUUCCCCAGAACCAGAUUGCUGCCAUGAACUGCUGGGUCAUGUUCCCAUGCUAGCCAACAAGGAGUUUGCCCAGUUCUCACAGGAUAUUGGACUGGCUUCUCUUGGAUCAUCUGAAGCAGAGAUUGAGAAACUGUCCACACUUUAUUGGUUUACUGUGGAGUUUGGUCUCUGCAAGCAAAAUGGAUCCAUCAAAGCUUACGGGGCAGGACUGCUUUCAUCUUAUGGGGAGCUUAUGUAUGCUUUAUCAAACGAGCCAGAGUACAAGCCCUUUGAUCCAGAAGUGACUGCAGUUCACCCCUAUCAGGAUCAAGCCUUCCAGCCUGUCUAUUUCAUAGCAGAAAAUUUUGAAGAUGCCAAGGCCAAACUUCAAAACUAUGCAAUGAAGAUCAAGAAGCCUUUUUCUCUGUGCUACGACCCAUUCACCAGCAGCAUAGAGGUUCUGGAUACACCACAGAAAGUCAAGAGGGAAGUCAGUCGACUGAAAGAGGACCUGAAAAACCUCUGCCUGUCCCUUGACAACCUCUCCUAAAACUGCAGCAGUACUUCUCACCUGGUACUGAUAUGUAUGUAGGCAGUUCCAGCACUUGAAAAUUUAGUGAAGUUGUAGCUGCAUGCUAAAAUCUUCAUCCCACAAACAGCUCUGUCAAGCAAAUCUUUUCACUGUAAUUUAGGCUGCUGACUUAGUCACAUUAAUGAGUUCCUACUGAAUAUGCUUCAAUGGCAAACAACACUAAAUUACUCCAGUUUCUGGUAGGUGAUAUGAGCUGCAGCUGUUUGUUGCGUAUUUAUCUCUUAUGUUAAAUGUAAGUUUUUUAUUCACCUUUUGAACUUAUCUGUCACCGUUUGAAGUUAUCUAUCACAAAGUAGCACAGUAACUCUUCAGUCACAGAGUCUCUUCUUGCUUAAAUGACAUGAUCACAAUCUUUUGGGCUGGCUAGCUGCCUGCAGUCCUUGCAGCUAGCUCAUUUCUGCUAGCAAUUACGAUCAGCUAUUGUGCUCAUAAACUAUGAAUGGUUCUCUUACAAUGUACAAAUACAAGAGUUUAUAAGACAGACCUUUUAUUUCUUCUUGCCAUUUAUUUUUUUCAGCAGUCAUCUUAUUUUGUUCAAAUGUGGCUAAAUAACGUUCUGUCAUAUUUAAGAUCACAGAAUAUGUGUCCAUUGGCUGAAAAAAAGACGGAAAAGAUAGGAACUCUGAGGACCAUGGUACUCUGGCUUUAUAACAUACCUGCUUGAUUUGAAAAAGAAAUUAAGAUGCUGGGGAAUAAAAAGAUGGAUGUGGAGAAACAGCUUCAAAGAAGCCUACAAGAAAUGUCUCACUGAAUUUUCAUGGGAUUCAGACAGUCCUGGACACUCUUAAAUAUCUUUGUGGGUUUUUUCUUUAUUUGUUUGUUUGUUUUUGGCAUUCCGAUGAUUGCAGUAAUAAUUAAAAUUACAAAGGUACUAAACAUCAAUACAUUCUAAGAUCAAACAUCAGAAGCAACAUAGCUUUGAUAUGAAUACAAUAUCAGGUAUGUGCUGCAACUCAUCUUGCCUCCUACUCUAGUCUUUUUCUCAGAUGUGCCUAAAAUUUAUUUACACUCCGUGAGUCACAUUUCACAGAAACAAUCCUUUAUUGUCCUUUCAUUUCCAUCUUCCACUGUUCACAAAUAGAGACUAAUUUAGGAAAAGAAGAGUAGGCUCAUGCUUGGAAGACUCCCUCUUUGCUUAGCGGUAAUGUUGAAACAGGUUAUGGGGAUGGCAUAAACAGGAGCUAUGUGGAUCUCAUGGCUGAAUCUGGGUGACAGUAUUCACAGAUGUCAGUGUAGAUUUAUCCUGUGCAGCAAAGAAACCUUGCUCGUAUUUUCAAAAGUGUAUUUAGGUUAAGGCAGACAGCAAGCUUAUAGUUUGUUCACUGCUAUCCACUAACUGACAGCAUACAUGGCCUGAACUCUGAUGUAAAUGUGAGGUGGUUUGGCUCUGGGAAAAGAGUCAUCAACUUUGCCUUAACUGGUCACCAUGGAAUAAGAGCAUGUACACAGAAAGUUACGGCAGAGCAAUUCACAUGCUGUUAUUUCACACAGAGCUUAUCUCCCUGUAAUUUGUCAAUGUGCCAGGCUCUACAGAAACUCUCUUAUUGGGACUGGGUUAAUGGGAUUUUGUCUCUUAAAUCUUCAUGUCCAUAAGCACUUCAGAAAAUUCUCCCAUGAGCACUAAUAGAGAAUUCAAGAUCUGUGAAGCUGCUGCAAUGGCUCCAUUUUAUUAAAAUGUGGUGAUACCUAACAAAUUUGGAAGUAUCUUGGCAAACAGGCUAUGGUCCCCUUCGUCUAAACAGCAGGAACAUUUCAAGCUCUUUCUUUUUCAUUGAAGCCCUGGAUUUUUCUAUUCUACUUCAGGAAAAUAUUUUUCUAUUGUAAAACCUAUUUUGCUAGAGAUUCAGACAGGGACUGGCUGAAGUGGAUUCCUUUGCUUUUGGUAUAUUUCUGCUGUGAUGUAUGAUGAUCUCUCAAAAUUCUUUUAUGGAUUUAAUUCUACUUACCCUGCUUUUACACACUCACAAGUACCGUUUUUCUUCAGAGCAAUCUGUUCGGUUACAUAUUGUAAUAAUUUAUCUGUGCAUUUGCUGCCAAAUGGUACAUAGGCAAAAAUGCUUGAUAGCUCACAACAGAUUGUUUUCAGAAAUAUUAUUUUCAUCAACCAGUUACAUUACAUUUCAAAUUGAAAUGUGUGCACCACCUUUGUGUGUUUUCUUUUUUCUUUCUUUUUAAGUGGAGGAUAAUGCCAGAGCGAAAGAGCUAUCAAAAUAUUUUCUAUAGAUGGAUUCCAUAGGCCAUAGAGUCUUUUUCAUGUAUUCCCUCUGAAACGGUUGAAUGUGGAGUUUAUACUUGAGUUUGGCUAUUGCUCAGAACAGACCUAUAUUUGGAAGAAAUGAGAGACCUGACGGAUUUGUUUUGCCCAAGGCCUCACACUUUCCUUGGAGGAACUCCAGGCCCGCCCACACACCCUUGUCUUUUCCAGUUCCUGUAGCAAUGAGAGAAAAAGAAACCAUUUGGAGCCAGAUUCUCCAAUCAUUACACAUGCUGAGUAGUACCUGAUCUCUCGAAUAAUCCCAACAACAGUACUGAGCCUAUUAAAGUGCUGUAUGCAGAAAUUCAGAGCAGGAUUAUCAAAACCUCUAUGGGUGUACUUGCUUUUUUAUUCUCUUAGUGGUAGUCAGUUUGAAUAUAUGGUUAGGGUAGGCUCCAGCACAGCUUAACAACGUUUCAAAAGUAAUGAAUUUCACUACUUAAACUAUUAAGAAGCAAAAAUAUUUUUUCCAAAGGAGGCAUUUUUUCUUUCCUUACUAGGGCAAACCUUACCCCUAAAUAACCAUAUUUGAUGCUUUUUUCUAAUUUGGAUCAAAUUCUUCUUACUCAAUGUAAUGACAAGACAAAAGCCUUCAGGGUUACAUCCUUAUGAGAUAUGCUGGUCAGGUUGCUCUUCCAACAGCCAUUUUUUCAGUUUCUCACAGAAGCCAAGAAGUACCUCAUACUCUUGUCAGUCUAAGACGGGGGUGAUGUGAGAGGUACUGAUGGGGCCUCCCAAUGAAAAUAAUGGCAGAGGAAAAAGCACCAACCAGUAAAAAUAUGUCUUGUCUUUUUGUCAGCUUGCAUUUCAGCAGUUUCACAUUAAUCUUGCACAAGAAGGCUCCAAAGCCAAGUAAAACACAUCCUGUGACUUGAAACUGAACUGAUGAACUCCCCAUGGGUCCUUUGCUUAUCCCGAUAAACUUAUUUUUCCUAGAUGGAGUGCAUUUAGAACAAAAUAGUAUAUGUUAUUAAAUCUGUAUUGUGUUGUUACGUUAUACAUGGGAGAGUUAGUAAAUUCAGUUUGUGGGUUUGUUUUGUUUUUUUGGCUAAUCAAGUCUGACCUCUACCAAUUUUGGUCCACUCUCAAGCCUCCAGCUGUUUCCCCGCUUCCCUGCAGAUUUUCUAGGGAUGCCAAGGGUACCACUGCGUAAGGAGAAUACACAGUUAUGCAAUUUGGGGAAUUUGGCAGGACAGGAAGAGGAAAUUUAGGCAGGCCUCCCACCCACUCCCAUGAGAAACAGUAUUGUAUUACAAGGCAGAACUGUCAUCCUCCGAAAGACCUUCUCAAUCAUCUCCCUCUGGCUCCUUUAACAUUUCAACUUUUCUACUACCUGAUGAACAUAAAACCAUACCUAACCAACUAAGGAAAUCACAGAAUCAAUCAAACAAGCAUACAGAAGUCCUUCCCAGAAAGGAACCACUACAUUUCACUCAGCCUCCCUUGCCUCUGCUGACUCACGAAGGAGGAAGAAAAUAAACAAACAAAUAAUUUAAAUAAAAGCAAAAUUCCACAAAAAUGAUAGUGUAAUCCUGAAGAAACUUAAAACAUGGCAUUUUUCACUGUGCAGCUACUCACAUGAAGAUCGUCUUACAGCCGUGACUGAAAUGCCACAACUUACCCAGUAAAUUGUGGCCAUCAGUUAAUCACAGACAGAAGUGUUCCAUGACUGUUGGAGACAGAAGAUAAAACUACUAAGAAAAACCCUCUUGUAGCCUUGCCUUACUGAAAAAACAGAAGGUUCUCUGGAGUCUGCUUCAGUAGAUAUUCUACUGCAUGGAAAAAUUCCAACUGGCAAAGAAAUAAAGGGGUAUAGACAUACAUCUCUCCUAAUGUCACCCCACCACUAAACAGAAGUUGAUAUGUGGGCUUUUAGAUUUAGUUAGAGGACAUUACUUUGCAGCAUUCCCCAGCUGAUGCACGGUCAGAAGCUGGUAGAAAGGUUACUGUCUGUAUCAUAUUAUAUGUACAUUAACUUUGGGUAACACUAGUGGCUGAGGCCCAAAGUGAAAGCAAAUCUCUGGCAACCUCUCCCACCACAAGAAUUCCUCAGGGGAAAGAAAGCCAAACUAGAAGAUGAGUGUGGCUGACAACUGGGAGAACAAAAGAACAGUACAUGGAAAGGACUUGUGGAUAAACCCAAAACAUGUUUAUUUUGCAUGUGUUGUUUCAUAUAUUUGAGAAAAAAAUAUAUCCAUUUAAAAGGGAGCCUUAAUAUAAAGGAAUAAAGUUCAUACCUUCAAAAGCAUAGAUAAGCUAAGGUCACCUAAGACUUUUCAACUGUGCUUGAUGCGUGUUAACCUCAAAUAAGAUAUUGGCUUUCAAGAUGUUUUUCAAAGGUUAGAAAAUAGAAAAGGGGUCUUUGGCUUUUGGGAAAGAGGUUUUUUACAUGCUGUGUGAGAAAGUUGAAACUGCCCAGGAAGUAUUGAUGCCUUACAAGACUCAAGAACCCUAAAUUUUGAAUGAAGGCUACCUUAAGUGGGGAAAGAAAACACCGAAGUAGUGCCUCCUCUGCAGAAGACUGUAAAUUCGUUAUUGCUAUAGCUUUAUGCUAGGUACUGCUUUCCACCCUGCUUAACUAUUUUGUCAUGACUUUUCUUUUUUCCCUUUAUUUAAAAUGCUGAUUGCUGAUCUCCUUGACUUGUGCUUGAAAAUGGGAAAAAUUCUGUCACUGAACUCAAUAAACUUUACUAUGACUUUCUCAGGGUUUUGGAUGGUACUUGAGCAACAAAUAGGCCCUCUUAAGCUUAAACUUGGCCCUUGCUGAAGACAACAGACCUAGCCAAAUGGUUACGUUUGGCUAAAAGAGGUGACAGCUACCAUCCAAUGUAU